AUGUGGGAUCAAGUGACACUUAGUAGCCAGAAGGGUGAUGAGAAAUAUCAGACAAAUGUUUAUAACGCAUAUAUGAAGGAAUAUGGCACAUGGUGCGAGGCAUAUGAUAAAAAGAAAAAAUUGCUGAGAGUCCCGGAAUCAAAACUGGAAAACACAUGCGAGAAGUGUGCACGAAUCUUUAAAAAUAAAUCUGAUUUAAAUUGGCAUAAAAGAGUAAUAUGCGGUGUCACACCACAGAUCAGAUGCAACUUGUGCGACAAACGAUUUAAACGUAAUCCUAACCUUCAGCGUCAUAUAUUUCAGGUGCAUCAGCAAACUAACUUCGAGCCACUGCAAAAGAAGUAUGAUUGCGACAAAUGUUCUGGAAGUUACAAAUGGGCAAUUACAGUGAGAGACGUAGCCUUCCAAGAAGCUUUAUUAGCAGCCGUGAAACAUCAGUAUGAAAUAGUACAUAAAACGAAUACAAAUUCUGGUAAAACUAUCCAGGUCCCUGCCUACUACCUGCAACCUGCACCAAAUAUGCGUGAAAUAUCGCCGAACUGUGGGUUUUAUUUACCAGAAGACACAAUUGCAUAUAUAAACGUCACAGCAGAGAAUGCAGCUCAAAAUUCAGAUACAGAAAAAUGGAGGAUUAUUACAAGAGAGGUCCUGCUAGAAGUAUAUGGAAACACUUUAGCUAACUAUUCGGCCACGGGAAAACGAGGAGGGCGACAGAGCAUAAAUCCUAUGUUAUUUAAAGGAUUAUUUGAAUGGGCUAAUCGAGCAGCCGCGGGUAUGCUUCCCAAAAAAAAAUUUAUAACGCAUAUUAACAAAACUGCUGCGAACAAAAGGAAGUAUCAGAAGACGUCCACAAAUGGAGCUUCAAGUCCUUCUAGAGAAAACGGGCAAAAGAAAAGCAAAACGGGGACAACUGUAACCAAAAGCACGCAUGCAGAAAGUUUACGUACAGCAUCGAACAGCAAGGACCAAUAUGCAACCGAAGAGUUGCAUUUUCCAGAGAAAGAAAUAAGCAGAGACUUUGAGAAUCUUCCUGUAUUUAAAACAGAACCGGAAACAGGACUUGCCAGUGACGUUUGGAACAGCGAUGGACAUGUCCCUAGUUACGAUCAUUAUAUGGACUCAACCAGGAGAUUUCAUUCAAGCGACUCAACCAGGGAUCCUUAUACGGACCCGACCAUGGCUCCGUAUUAUGAACCAGACACAAUGCCGGCAUUUCCAGGAACUCAAGAUUUAGACAAAGAGUGGAUACCGCUUAAAAAAUAACUCUAUUAUUAUAUUCAUCCCAAUUCUUCGUAAUAGUUAACAUUUAAGUUUAAAAUAAGUGCGCGAAUAAAACUCUAAAUUAUACAUACGCAAUAAAGUAUGUAGGACAUGCAGGCUGAAUGUAGGGUCUCACGAUACCCUACUUUGAGCCUCCAAUGGUGCAGGGUAGGUUAUGAAGGCUCAAUGGUGUUUCUAAUUACAGAGACAAGUCAUCCUUAUAACCUUUUGAAGUCUACUAAGAUGCAGACUUUGGAGGCUCAAAGUAGGGUUAAAAUUUCGACUCGGCUGUACAUUAUUUACACUCAGAAAAAUAGAUAAUACCGUUUAGGAUUAUUUUUUCUCAGUAUACAAUUUUCUUGUUUAUUUAUUAGCAAAUCUUAAUA